AUGGUGCAGUACGUCCUGACCCCUUGGUGGGACAGAAGCGAGCUGCUCCUCGUACGAGACCAGCUCUACGCGUCGCAUCCCGAGCACAGCCAGGUUUCGAACCAGGACAAUCGUCAUCACACCCGGAGCCAACCCGGUCAAUGCGCAGACGCAGGCGCAGGCGCAGGCGCAGACGCAAAUGCAGAGGGUGACGGUGAUGGCGACGGCGACGGCGACGGCGACACCAUCACCAACGCCAACAGGCAAAGGCAGGCCGUGGCUCGCGUUUCCAUGUGGAUGCAGCGCGGGAAUUGCCCCCAUUUGGUCGAGGCAACGGCUCUCCUGACGGCUGCCGUCUUGAGCGAUGCCCUGGGACGUCCUGACAGGGCCGGGGGCAGCUACGCUGUGCGAGCCGCCUACUCUGCCGCCUUUAGUCGCUUCGUAACCGGCCUCCUGGACGGGCAUCAGGACAAGCAGCGCAAACAGAGCAUGUACUCCAUCGCCAAGACCAUAGGCCUCCCUGCCACCUUUGUCGAACUCCGUCACCAGGCUACCCACGAGCAGUUGCCGUCCCUGGCGAAACUACGCGCCGCAGCUCACAAGGCGCUGGCUUGGAUAUGGGAUUAUUACUGGAAGGACCUGGCUGAUGAGAGGAGGGUCCCCCAGCCUGAUGCUUGUAGGGAGGCGGUGAUGGAAUAUCUCCGCGGGCUGGGGGAUGGCGCGCAGACGGAAAAGACGAUGCGCAAAUUGGAUGAGUUCGACAAGGACAGGGUGCUGGCGGUCAUUGCCGUCCUGCAGGCUGAAUUGCCGGGGAAUCAGGUGUAUCUGAAAUGCUUGAAGCUUUCAAAGGAAAUCAUGAUGAGGGGGGAUGAGGAAGAGAAGAGUGAGGGUGUCGAGGAGGAGGAGGACGAGGAGGACGACGACGACGGAGGUGGUGCCGGGAGCAGUUGUGGAUGGUGGCUAUGCUGCUUCCUCGCUUGCCCAAAACACUACGGGAGUACAUCAGAGUAUCGUUCUUCUGCUAAAUUCUCGGCUCGGCUCGGCUGGGGCUCAGCUCAGCUCAGCUCAGUUCCGGAGGACAUAGAUUCCCAAGUCUGCCUCCCCAUGUCACGUCAUGGGCCAUCACGCAUGGAGAAAUCCGGACCAGUACUCCGUACUGACUCUGCGGGUGUGCUUGACUGCCGCUGGGUUGAGAGCACUUGCACCAACGCAGCAGGAUUUGUUCCAUCAUUAUCCUGGCUCUUUGCGCCGAACAGACUGCUCACCGCACGCCACCGGGCGACAAAUCCGCUACGACCAUGGUCAUUACACUGCAUCAUCGACGUUGCGACGUCGCGCGAAGGAAAACAACACGGCCGUGCUGAAAAGUGCAUUGCGGCUUCAAAGUUUCGUCACGAUGACGAUCACGUGAAGCCGUUCAUUACGUCACUGCACGGCACGGCGGCGGAGUUUCGACCUCCCUCCAAGAAGCUUGUCUGCCAUUAG